AUGGCGGCUAACCUGCCUUUGCGCAUCGUCUCUUUUAAUAUUCGUUACGCCGCAACAUCUCUCGAUACAAACGAAAAGCCAUGGGCGGACCGUCGCACAGGUCUUAUCAACCAGGUCAAUACAGUAAUUUCCAAUGCAUCAACAGCUGGAGCUGUGUCCGUUCUGGGGCUGCAAGAGGUUCUGGAUGCUCAACUAAGCGACAUAAAAAAUGGACUAGGAUCCGAAUGGACGCAUAUCGGAUUCGGUCGCGACGAUGGGAAGAAGUCGGGGGAGUACAACCCAAUCAUUUACCGGCCCGACACCCUCAAAUUGGUGUACAGUGAACAGAAGUGGCUUUCGCCCACUCCAGAUAAAGUCUCGUUCGGGUGGGGUGCUGGUAGCCGGCGAGUUGUGGUGAUUGGCGUUUUCGAAAAUGUCAAGACGGGGGAGCGUUUCAUUCACGCGAAUACGCAUUUGGACAACGUGAGCUCACAAGCUCGGAGCGAAGGGAUUAAGGUCGUGGUGUCGCGCAUUCAGGCCGUCCAAGAAGAAUACGGGCCUCUGGGUGUAACUCUCACAGGUGACUUCAAUUCGGAGCCAGGUGGUGACGCGUAUAGCACACUCGAGGAUACAGGAUAUCUCACGGAGUUGUGGAACUCAGGAGCCACGCGGUUAGGGACUAAUCAACUGACCUACACAGGCUUCUCGACAACAGGUAAGACUCGAAUCGACUUCGUCUGGUUUGGCCCUACCGAUGAGGACCGGUAUUCAGCGAAACAGUUCGAGUUUUUAAAUAAUUAUAUCGACGGCGUCUUCAUAAGCGACCAUCGGGCUGUUGUUGCGGAUCUCGUGUUGCUUUAG